UCUGGUUCUGCUGGAGGUUUCUUCCUGUUAAAAGGGAGUUUUUCCUCUCCACUGUCGCUACAUGCAUGCUCAGUAUGAGGGAUUGCUGCAAAGUCAACGACUCCAUGCAGUCCGCUGGGUUUCCUUAUAUAGAAACGUUUUAUCAUUUGCAGUAAUAAUAGAACCUGACUGUAUUUUUUAAUAAGUAGGAUCCAACUGAAUCUGUCUGACUGAACAGAACUGAUGAUAUAUUUCUGUAUGUAACCUGGAUUUGCCUUAAGAUGAUAUUAGUUCUGAAUCAGCGGUGAUCUAUGGAGCUCCAGACAGGCCUGGGUUUGGACAUAUUUUACAUUUUUGUCUAUUUAAAAGUAAAAAAGCUAAUUUAAAUGCAACUCACUGUUGCAGAGGGAGUGUUAUUUAUUAACGGUAUUUAGACGCACUCAUAACGAUGAUAAGAGUUAAUUUGGUAUCAGAUGAUUUCAACAGAAACGAAAGAAUAAAUGUGCUAACUGGAUGGUUCUGUGUUGUUCUACAGGUUGGUUGAAUCCCAGCCCGCUCUGGUAUUUUCCCCCACAUUAAUAUGCACUGAACAGAGCUGGGAACACGCUGACGCUGGUUGUGUGAAUAAAGCAGCAGAAAGCAUGACGCCAUCCUCCAGUAAGCUGUUUGCCUUCUCUCUCCGGGCUCUGGCAGCAGUGCUCUGCUCAGUCAGGCUGUGUUCAGCUGGAAGGAAGCUGCGCUGACUGCAGCUCAUCACGGUGCAGGGAGAGAGAGAGGAGGGGUGAAGGGAUGAGCCGCAGGAACAGCAGCCUCCGGUGCAGAUAGUGUGGGAGGAAGGGGAUGGUGGAGGCUGAGCUUUUUCAUGCGCACACCUCUGGACUGGAACCGUCCCGCUACGUGACUAGAAGAUCCGAACUGUGAGGGAGGGGAUCCUUCCUCCAUCCCGCAGCUCUGCGUCAAAGGUAAGGUGUGCAUGGUGGAUGGAUGCAGUGGAGGUGAUCCUGCAGCCAGCAGGGAAACAGGUUCCUAAACCAUCUUGAAACCACACCUGUGACAGUCCAUGAAAACCUUCAGCUUGGGCCAAAUACUGACUGGGAACUAGGUCUGACAUCUACAUGUUCUUCACACCUCGCCUGGUUUCAUCUUCCUGGAGCUGACUGAGCAGUUUUACAACAUGCGUCCUUCCCUCGCCACGGCGGUUCUACCGGCCAGGACCCGUUCCCACAAUCCACCAAACCUGUCCGUCGGAGGGCGUGAACACCUGUCCGCACCCCGCAGGCGCAGCCCUCACCUGCGCCACACCCUCAGUCCGGAAAACCUGCGGACGCUGGCGGAGAGGGGCGGCGCGGCCGUGGACGCCGCCUCUGUCAUCAGUGGGCCCAUUGGGCUCACGCGGGCCAACAGCGACACUGAUCUGGUGACCUCCCAGAGCCGGUCCUCGCUCACAGCAUCCACUCUGGAGUACACGCUGAACUGGGGCCAGAACCUUGUCAUAUCCUGGGACAUCAAGGAGGAAGUGGAUGCUACCGACUGGAUUGGGCUGUACCAAAUUGAUGAAACUAGUCCAUCCAACGUGUGGGACUGUAAGAACAGAGGUGUUAAUGGCACCCAGAAGGGGCAGAUUGUUUGGAGACUGGAGCCUGGGCCUUACUUUAUGGAGCCUGAAACCAAGAUCUGUUUUAAGUACUACCACGGAGUGAGCGGAGCGCUGAGAGCGACGACCCCCUGCAUCACUGUGAAGAACCCAGCAGUCUUGGUGGAGGGCCUGGCAGAGCAAGUGGGCGUUGAACAUCCACGGAAACUGAUCAGCUUUACUUUAACCGAUCUGCGUGCCACCGGCUUGAAGAAAGGCAUGUUUUUCAAUCCUGACCCUUAUCUGAAGAUGUCCAUCCAUCCGGGGAAGAGAAACGUCUUCCCUGUCUUCAGCCACCACGGGCAGGAACGCCGAUCAGCCAUCAUCGCCAACACCACCAACCCUGUCUGGCACGGAGAGAAAUACACAUUUGUGGCGCUGAUGACGGACAUCCUCUACAUAGAGGUGAAGGACAAGUUUGCCAAAAGUCGUCCAAUCAUCAAGCGUUUCCUUGGUCAGCUGGCGAUCCCGGUGCAGCGGCUCAUUGAAAAGAUUCCAGGAGUCCAGCCUGUGAGCUUCCCGCUGUGUCGGCGCUUACCCACCGAACAUGUCAGCGGGCAGCUUCAGUUUAAAGUAGAGCUGACUUCCACGGGACCUGAUGGUGUCUCUCCAGAUUCUAUCAUCGGCAUCUCAUCUCUGAACGGAGCUCCAGGGACUCCCUCUGAUGACGAGGACUUGCCCCAUCCUCUUCCAGGUUUGGUCUCUGCAGGCACCUCUCCAACCGGCUCCCAGAGAUCGCAAAGCAUGUGUGAAGGCGGAGCCACAGCCUUACUGGAAAAAGACCUGCCUGUAGUCCGGUCGGCCAGAUUUGUACAAUCUGUGGUUGUUUCUGAACAAUCCAUCCUUCAGAGGUCACUUAGUGAGGGCCUGGAUGCCAUCGAGGCCCCUAAAGGUCCUGGUGAGAGACCUCUGGGUGCUGCCUCACCUAAACUGUGCUCCAGCUUCCCGACACACACACGACUGAGUGACAUAUUACACAUCGACUCCGACGAGGACGAGGAACGGUCUGGGAUGAACGAUCUGCUUCCAGUGCCUUUAUCUCCGCUGCUGAUGAACGGGGAACCUCCUGAUGCAAGCGGCCCAGAUGAAGAUGACCUCUUUCCGGAGCUCGGACAGGAACAACCGGCACUUCCAGCGCAGGAGGAGGAGUCUGCAGGUGUUGCGGUGGAGGAAGAGCCUCUGGAGGCACAAAUGGCCCCUGAUGUAGAACCAGAUCUGGACUUGGAGGAUGUUUUGGAGCCAGACGUUUUCCUUGAGGUAGAGGAGGAGGUUCUUCUCACUGAGAUUGUUACCAAUGAUGUUUUACAAGAGGGCAGAGAGGUCCCUGAACACGAAGGGGCACCAGGUGAAGAUCUCACAUCUGAGAUUGACUCCUGUUCCAUGGCAACAGCCCCUCAGACUAUUUUCUCAUCAUCAGAGAGCGGUCCGAUCACGAUGACCACGGCUGUGGAAGCAGAGGAAGGAGCAGCGACAGCUAUAGAUCCGGGGGGAGACGGGGAAUCAGGUCCCCCGCCAAGCACCCAAACCGGAAAUGAGGAGGAGGAAGAGGAUGCUGGUGGACAAGCUGAGGCCACUGAGGCUGGAGGAGAACCUCCAGCUGUCAGCGAGCAGGUGGAGGAGGAGAUCAGUGUGAGGAGGCUGAGCCUGCAGGCGACAGGAGGUGGCGAUGAGGAACAGGAAGGGGAGGAAACAAAGACGCGAGAGGAGGUGGGGGCUGUGGAUACAGAACAGGUUACCACGGAAACAGACAGGGAGGAAGAAGCUCACGUUAACGGUCAUCCCAUUCGUUCGCUCCCCUCAGCGCGUCAUGACAUCCAUCGGUACCAACGUGUGGACGAACCGCUGCCUUCCAACUGGGAGGCUCGGAUCGACAGCCACGGGAGGAUCUUCUUCGUGGACCACGUGAACAGGACCACCACGUGGCAGCGUCCCACCGGACCCCCUGCCCCGCAGGGCCUGACCCGCUCCAACUCCAUUCAGCAGAUGGAGCAGCUCAACCGCAGAUAUCAGAGCAUCAGGAGGACCAUAACCAACAGUGAUCGAUCAGAGGAAAGCUCCACUGACCUCCUCCCUGAGCCAGAGGGUGAACUGAUGCCUCACUCCAUUUCUGAGUACCGUCGAGAAAGCGCCGUCGCUCACUCCAGUGGUCGCUCACGCCUCUCCCUGCUACUGCAGUCGCCCAGCGCCAAGUUCCUGUGCAGCCCUGACUUCUUCACCGUGCUGCAUUCAAACCCUAGUGCCUAUCGCAUGUUUACGAGCAACACCUGCCUGAAGCACAUGAUCAGCAAGGUACGCCGAGACGCUCAUUACUUUGAGCGCUACCAGCACAACCGCGACCUUGUCACCUUCCUCAACAUGUUUGCUAACAAGCAGCUGGAGCUCCCCCGGGGCUGGGAGAUGAAGCACGACCACACUGGGAAGCCUUUCUUCGUAGAUCACAACUGUCGAUCGACAACUUUCAUCGACCCUCGGCUGCCCCUCCAGAGCUCACGUUCCACCGGGCUGCUGGCUCAUCGACAACAUCUGAGCCGCCAACGAAGCCACAGCGCAGGAGAGGUGGUGGAUGACUCUCGGCAGAGCAACCUGCCCGCCAUGCCCCGCCCCUCCAGCACCUUCAGUGGCUCCAGUCGUAGCCCCUACCACGACGUGGUGCCUGUGGCCUAUAAUGACAAGAUAGUGGCGUUUCUACGGCAACCCAACAUCUUUGAGAUCCUGCAGGAGCGGCAGCCUGAGUUAGCCAGGAAUCACUCCCUAAAGGAGAAGGUGCAGUUCAUUCGCACUGAGGGGGUCAACGGACUGGCUCGUCUCUCAAGUGACGCUGACCUUGUCAUGCUGCUCAGCUUGUUUGAGGAGGAAGUGAUGUCAUACGUGCCGCCAUUGCUCCACCCAGGUUACAGCCUCUCUUCUCCUCAGAGCUCUCCCGGCACGCCUCGAGCAAACGCUCGUGCUCCUGCUCCUUAUAAGAGGGACUUUGAAGCUAAACUGAGGAACUUCUACCGAAAGCUGGAGACAAAGGGUUAUGGGCAAGGGCCGGGUAAAGUCAAGCUCAUCAUACGCAGAGACCACCUGCUGGAGGACGCCUUUAAUCAGAUCAUGUGCUACUCCCGUAAAGACCUGCAGAGGAGUAAACUCUACGUUAGCUUUGUUGGCGAGGACGGCCUGGACUACAGCGGACCCUCCAGAGAGUUCUUCUUCCUGGUGUCCAGAGAACUUUUCAACCCGUACUAUGGCUUAUUUGAGUACUCGGCCAACGACACAUACACGGUCCAGAUCAGCCCCAUGUCUGCCUUCGUAGACAACCACCAUGAAUGGUUUCGGUUCAGUGGGCGGAUACUGGGGCUGGCCCUCGUUCAUCAGUACCUGCUGGACGCAUUUUUUACUCGUCCAUUUUACAAGGGUCUUCUUCGCAUCCCGUGUGACUUAAGUGACCUGGAGUUCCUUGAUGAGGAGUUCCACCAGAGCCUACAGUGGAUGAAGGACAAUGACAUCGAGGACAUGCUGGACCUCACCUUCACCGUCAAUGAGGAGGUGUUUGGACAGAUCACAGAAAGAGAGCUGAAGCCAGGCGGGGCUGGAAUCCCCGUAUCUGAGAAGAACAAGAAGGAGUACAUCGAGCGAAUGGUGAAGUGGCGUAUCGAGCGAGGAGUCGCCCAGCAGACUGAGAGCCUGGUCCGAGGCUUUUAUGAGGUGGUGGAUGUGCGGCUGGUGUCGGUGUUUGAUGCCCGGGAGCUGGAGCUGGUCAUUGCAGGAACAGCAGAGAUCGACCUGGCAGACUGGAGGAACAACACAGAGUACCGAGGAGGUUACCAUGACAACCACAUAGUGAUCCGCUGGUUCUGGGCCGCUGUGGAGAGAUUCAACAACGAGCAGAGGCUGCGGCUGCUGCAGUUUGUGACGGGAACCUCCAGUAUUCCUUAUGAAGGUUUCGCUUCCUUACGAGGAAGCAAUGGGCCACGCAGAUUCUGUGUGGAAAAGUGGGGAAAAAUCACGUCCUUACCCAGGGCUCACACGUGCUUCAAUCGGCUGGACCUCCCACCGUAUCCCUCCUUCUCCAUGCUCUACGAGAAGAUGGUGACGGCUGUAGAGGAAACCAGCACCUUCGGCUUGGAGUAACGUCAAAUCCAGAGAGAAAAGCAUCUGAUAUUCUAAUGUUCUCAAUGAAGAGAAGCAGAGACGAUGAAACAAAAAUCCUCAAUUGACAGCUGACCUCCAGUGGAUAACCCUGCUUUCUGUUUCUUCGGCUUCUUCAUCACUCAGCACGUGGAUCUCACUCUGAUUCUCAGCCUUUCUCACAUUUUAAUGAGACUUUGAAGAACUUGGACAGAAGAACCUUUGAGAGGUUGUAAAGUUUCUUGUUUUCUUGUGAACCUGUCCUCACUGAGCCACAUGUGUGCUUUAUCUCAUCCAGCCUGCACCUCAGAGACGGCUGCUGAAAAUCUCCAACCUUCCCUUUUCCUGGACCUUCAAACUGUGUUCGUCCUGCACCGGAGCCACGGAGGUGUUACUGCACUCACACACCCAUCGGCUUUUUGCACGAACGGUAUUUUUCCUCCAGGAUUUUUUUAUCAGGAUGGAAAGAUGGAGGUUGUUAUGAACUGAGCCACUGGAAAUGACUGCUGGGUUUGGGUGACAGUCCUGGACUUGCCUGAACCAGUACAGCAGCAGCCUGGUACUUUCCACACCUUUCUGAUGAGUAAUACCUUCACUUCCUCUCAAACACCACUUUCUUCCAACAGAUGUGAUCACUUCCCAUUUAGAGAAGGUGGUGAAUGUGAGUCCAGAGUUACUCGGUUCUGAACACAACAAGGUGUACAGUUUGAGUUAGAUGGACCAGAGCGCAGGAAGUAUGAGAGUAGGAGAGCUUUGAGUCAAUGCAGACGCUGUGGUAAAAAGUCAGAACAUAUUUUAAUUCUAAGGUUUUUAUGUUUUAAACAACAAUAAUAAAUGAAUAUCUGGUUGUUUUCAGGCCUCAGAAUAAGUUCAACGUGUCCCACUCAGCCUUUUCCAGCGUUGCUUCUGUUCAUCUGGGUUUGCAGACAUUUGCUUCUGGACAGCUCUCUGAAGGUUCAGAUACAGAUUAGCUGCUGUGUUUGGGAUCAAGGUUCUGCUGGUGAGCCAGUUUGGACCAAGCGUCUCCUGUUGGACAGAUGGACUCAUAUUUGACUCUAGAAGUCCACUGUGUGACAGUGGACACCUUGUGGAAAUGACCUUCUGACCCUUCCCAGGUGAUGGGUAGCAACAGCUGCUUUUCUGAAGUCAUUGCUGACGUCUUUCCGUCCUGGCAUAGUGUUAACAGACACCUGUAGACUCCAGCGCAGCAAACUGACCAAACUGCAGCUUUUAUUGAGGUUCUCUCACUGAUGAUGAUCAAUUCAUUCAUUCAUUUGAUCUUCAGUAAUGAAUAUUUAGGUUUCAUGCACUGAUUCUGAAUUUUGGGUCUACUCUAAUAUGUGACGUGUUGUCCGUCAUUCUAAGAUCUGGUCAAGCGUGUCCUGAUCUGUGAAACCUUGCACAUGAAAGAGGGUGUACUUUGUUUUUUAAAGUGCAGGGAGGUAGUUAUUAUUCCAGUGCCUCUGAGGUUUUCCUUGUUCUGAUCAGGAAUUGAAUGUCCAACAGGGACAACAGGGAAGUGUUCACAUGUAACACAAGGGGGCAAAUGGGGACAUAGGUUCUCAGUAAAACGCUUUUCUUUGUCCAAAACGUAAGAAAGGACAGUUGUCUCACCUCCCAUUGGAGACAGUUUUAACACACAAACUUCUUUGUCCUCAUUUUCACCCAGGGUACAUGUUAGACCACACGUUUUCUGAACAGAAACCUGUUGGAGUCAUCCCACAGAAGCUGAGGUAGUCUCAGGAUGUAGAGACACAUUUUGGAAACACCCCCCAGUCCCAGUCCUCCCAGUGCUCCUAGCCCAAUAAUGCAUGCAGGAUCUGUCCGGUCACUGGCCCGUGAACUCCGCCCUGCAGAAACCCCUAGGUGGCGUUGUGUUCUAGCUCGAUAUUGCAUGCUGAAGUAAUGCAACACAUUGUCCUUUCUAGCUUUUGUGCAUGAGGAUACUUUCUAUUCAUUCAGAUAUCUGGGUGAGGGAGCUGGUGAAGAUGUGUCCCGUUGGUUGUGGCGCUGCCUGGAACACGACCUUAUGUCCACCUGUCACACUGAACCGUCACAGUGGGCGGCUGUAAGAGGGGACAGUGUGGGUCUGUGGGCAGCAUGUUUCUGAAACGUCUCACAUGUGCGUCUCCGUCUAUCUUAGUAAUGAGUUCAGCCCGGAUCAUGAUGAGCAAGAACCAGAGUUCAGACAAAUGUGAGAGCACGUGUAUGGACCACGUGUGCGGUCCUGAUCGUCUCUUUGUGUAUAAACGUACGUGUCUGUCUGUCUGUCCUGUUGUGUGUAAAAAAAAUUUCUGUUUUGCACCGAUUGUACCAAAGGUUUGGGGCUUGCCGAGUCGACCAUGAGGAGCGUUCUGUGUUUCGGCCCAAAACAUCACACCUCUGACUUUGGGCAGAUUCAAACAGAAUCAUGUUUGGGUGAAAUUUGUGCAUGAGAAGCUUCGUCUGUCUUUCACCGCAGUGCUGUUUCUGUGGUGCAGAGGAAAAAAUAGCUGCACCGCUCGUCUCUCCUGGAACAUUUUAACUGGACCCGGAUCCACUUUUCAGACUCCACUCUAUGCAAGGCUCCUGUAUGUUUGUCUCCAUUUCACUUCAAUGAUUGUAAUAAAAGAGAACCAAUGGAACACUUUGA